UUCCCUACCAACAACAGUUGCAAGGGAGACCGAAGGGCUAAAUCCUCAAACCCCAUCCUCUCUUCUCCGCCCUUCUCGGUCUCUCUCUCCAUCCCCCCCCUCGUUCCCUUCUCUUCACUCCCAAAUCUCUUCUUCCUCCUCCUCUACCAUGCCAACCCCCCACAGUGGGUAAUAAAUACUCCCCAACCCCACCAAAUUCCCUCCUCCCAUACCCUUCCAAGACCAAAAGAAGAAGACCGGCCUCUUCUCACGAAGAGACAUGGCUUGUGCCUCUGCACCUCAAUCUCUCCUCCUCUGCCUCUUUCUCCUCUUCUUUGUUGCCUCCACAUCCCACCUCACAUUCUCCGCAGAUGCUGCGGGCGGGCCGACGGCGUCGAUGAAGCCGGCGUCGGCGGUGGCGCCGGGGCUCAAAUCGGUGCUGAUCGACGAGGCCAAGCGGCGCCGACUCAGCAGCUUCCAGAUAUGCGCUCUCUGCACCUGCUGCGGAGGCCCGCGGGGCAUCUGCCUUCCUUCUCCAUGCUGCUACGCUAUCAACUGCAACAUCCCCAACAGGCCCUUUGGUUUCUGCUCCUUCACCCCCAAGACAUGCAACUGCUUUGGGUGCCACCUCUGAGACACUCUUCUCCCCCUCCUAGGUUAUGAUCUCUACUUGCUUGAUCAUAUCACUGUGUGUGUUGGGAGUGCCAAUUGGAAAGGAAGAAUGUUCCUUUUGCUUGCCUUGGUAUUGGUUUACAUGUGUUGGAUCUGCAUAGGGGAUGAUUAAAAGUGUUUAUACUGAGUGGUACUUCUAAUUUCUAGUUCUUGUUUGCUAAAUUGUACUAGUUUAGUCUCUGAGACUGAGGAAUGCAACAAGUGCGUUCUCAUGGUCUCUGAGACUGCUAGAAUUGAGUGGUGAGGUUGCUGUUGGUGGGUGUCUCAAGAUGAGCAGCUCUGAGUUAAUGAUGCUGGCUGGUCACUGCUUGUCAUCCAAAAAUCUUAGAGGUGGGUGGGAGUUGGUCAGUGCAUUUAAGCCUAUAAUUAUGUAGUAGGGUUGGUAAUGUGGUCCUUUUAUUUAGGGUUUUUUUUUCUUUCACUUAUCUAUGUUUUUAACUUAUAUAUCCUUGAAAAGUUUGGAAAUAAUAUACUUACCCCUAUUAAUUUUA